CGUCGUGCUACUCCAAUCAAGAUGGAUAUUGGCCGCCGUUUUGGUUACCAGAAUCCAAGGGCGGCGCGUGAGGAAACUAAACUCUCUCCAAGCCCAAGCCAUGUUUUCCCAUUUUUGCUUUGUUUCCUGUGAGCGUUUGGGAGCAAAAGAGCAGACGAUCGCCUUGGCCCGUGUUGGUGUGUGUUAUCAAUUAACUAGUUAUCAAGUGGGAAUAAAAAAAAAAGAAAAAGCAAACGAAAGGCGAAGGCUUCCCCCGCCAGCCAGUUAAAGCGCGGUGUCCCCCUCCCUGUCUCGUGAUGUCUUGGAGUAGUUAGUUAUUAUUCCUCCUAUAUUUCCAGUCCCAAGACGCCCGCGCAUUCUUCGUCCUUCAUCGCAACCCCUCCUUCGAUGCCGGUUUGACUUUGCCUAAAAUAAUCCCCCCCCCACCUCACCUGCUUGCUUCCCUCCAGCUCCUGUCUUCCCUCGCAUUACAGCGUAUUUUCCUCUUUACUUUUUUGUUUUUUGUUUUUUGUUUUUGUUUCUUGGAAUAGUUAAUAAUAAUACAUACCAAUCCAAGGACCCAGUGACCCGACCUUUGGCCCCAGCCGCAGCCUUGUCCAGUCCAAUAACCGUCGCCUUGCCUAUCCUAUCUAUCUAUCCCCCUUCCCCAGAUUUUCGAUUUCCACUCGCAGGGCCGCCCUCCCUUUCCCAUUCGAUUCCCCCAUCCAUACAGGCCAUACCCAACUCCCGUUCCUCCCGUUCCUCCCUUCCUCCCCCCCUCCCCUCCCCUCCCCUCCAUCGCUCGCUCUCCCUCUCUCUGUGUGUGUCCUCUCACCGCUUCCUAGCCUAUCAACGGCUAAGUUGGCGAGUCUAUUUCCUUGUUUCCAAUCGUUGCUCCCUUUUUUUUCCCGCCGGCCCCGCCCUACUCGAUUAGGAUUGUUCUGCCGGCCCCGAGAGCUGCAACCCUCCCCCUCUUGGAAUUUGUUUUUUAACUUGUCCGGAGUUAUCUCGUACUGCAACUUGGUAUCCGCUUUUUGCUGAUGCAAGAAGGCGGGACCCCCCCUCCCCCCCAAUAUUACUAUUCCUUCCCAGCUGAUGUGGAAGGGCCAAGAUAAUAAUUAACAAGAAAAUAAAUCCCCCGCCCAGCGUACGUAAGGAAAGGAGAGAGAAAGAUACAAAUCAAGCACUAAGACGCAAACGGGAAGCGGAAGAUAUUUGAUAUUAUAUACGUAACUAAGAAAAAAGAAGGACGAAAGAAGCCAGCGAAGAAAACGAAAGAAGGAUGCCAGCCUGACCCGCCCACCAUACUCUUCCUACUUCUUGCUACAUAUAUACUUCUACAUAUAUAUAUAUAUAUAUACCUUUUUUUUCAUCCCUAUAUUUCAUCCCCUGCCAUACUUCGUCGUCCUUUGUCCCUCAUCCUCUCUGCAAAAUCUACAACCUCUCUCCUCUCCCUUCCUAACUCCGCCGGAGUGAGUUAGGGCUUCCGGCGCUGACUCAGCUUCCGUCUUGCCCCAGCAGAGCCGCAAAUCAGUCGGCUGACUAAGCCCAGCAUACCGUACCUGCCCGUACCUGUCCGUACCGUAUCACGCCCGUACCUUACGCUGACCGUACCUGUACCGAUCCCAUACCCCGACGAACGCCGCCGACGCCCGCCAAAGUUCCCUGGUCUUGUCAUCCGCUUACCUCGCCUGUUCCUUCCCGUACAUCCUUACUCCGUACUGUUGUAUACACACUUACGCUUGUCUGUGUGGCUGCUUUUCUAUCGUCAUCGGGUUUUCUCCCUCGUCCGUCGCCUUUUUGCAACCUCACCUUCGCAUCCAUCCCCAUCCCCAUCCCCAUCCAUCCCCAUCCUCGCCCGUCGCCUCCAUCAUCCUUCCCAUCCACCCAUCCGCCCACCCAUCACCAUCUCCCGCACAUGUCGUCUCCUCCUCGUCCUUCUCCUCCGUGCCUGUCCUCGCUUGCCGGCUGCUAACGGCGAUAUCGCGCCCGCUAAGUCGGCCGUUUGAGUUCACCAACUGCUGCUGUUCCCACUAGUUACUGCUUGCUGCCUUUGGGCGCCGCGCAGCUCAGGUGCAGCUCCCUCUGCGACCCCAUCGCACCGUUGAGCAAAAAGGAUCUUCUUCACCUUGCAUCGCAUCGUGUGCGUCGCCAACACAUCACUAGCCAUCGGAAAGCUUCAUCCUCGGACUGGUCUCAUUCCAACGCCCUCACUAGAUUUUUUCACUGGUCUCAACCACCCGCGGCUUCCUGCUUACACAUCCGUCCCCUUGGACGCGACCCACCCCACCCAGUCCCUCCUCCCUCGUCCCCGUCCCGCCCCCUUCACUUCAUUCGUCGUUUCCUCCCACACUCUCUCUUCUCCACCACUCAGAACCCCCGCCGUCGCGGCUGUCUGGUCCAACCGGUAUCGUUCGCGCGCUUUUCGGUUAACUACCCGGUUCACUUUGUACCCGUCGAUCCUUGGCCCGCUCCACCUCCCCUCCUGUGUGGCACACCAUGUAUACUACUCAACAUCCCGUUUCCGCCCCGAUGAACGGCAUGGGUUCCGAUCUGAUUGAUGGUUCUGGCACUAUCAACCCUGCUGCUUUGAACACUCCUGUCCCUGUUUCGCAGUCUUCUCUUGCCGCGCCUUCCGCGACUACCACCUCCAAUGUCAACUCCAGCGCAAGCCCAAGAGGCACGAAACGAAGUAGACCAACAGAACAGUAUGGCGAUCAGCCUGCGGAAGGUGAAAUAGAGGAAGUCCCGGAUGAUCAUGGCCGUCGCAAAAGAGGUCGACCGCCCAAGACGCCCAAAGUCUCGUCCGCCACAAACCCGGCUGCUACACCUGCAUCGCAAAGGCCAAAAUCGUCCCCCGCUCAGACACAGAUUUCUCAUCUCCCUCCUCAGCCUAUCCCACAACAUGCCACGGCCACCGCACAGACGUCUACGCCAGCUAAAACCACACUCACCAAGUCACUAGUCAAGGCCCUACCUACCGUUAGAGACCAUACCACGGACCAGUUGGGGGAAGAAGGAGAUGAAUAUAUACCCAAAGAAUUCGACGAGAAUGGUGAAAAGAAAGUCGACGCGCUGGGUUACCCACAGGACAAACGCAAGUAUAAAUGCAGGACCUUCUGUGUGCCGAACCGCGGAAAGAAACUCUUCAUGCUGGCCACGGAAUGCGCUAGAGUGCUGGGAUAUCGAGAUUCUUAUCUUCUCUUCAACAAGAAUAGAUCACUCUAUAAAAUUAUUGCAAGCCAAGCAGAGAAGGAUUCCUUGAUUCAGCAGGACAUUUUGCCGUACUCGUAUCGUUCUCGACAGAUCGCGAUUGUGACAGCGAAAUCUAUGUUCCGUCAAUUCGGCAGCAGAGUCAUUCUUGAGGGACGGCGGGUUCGAGAUGAUUAUUGGGAGAGCAAGGCCCGAAAGCAAGGUUUUACUGAAGAGGAUCUGGCCGGCGAGAAACGACCAGGGGCUGCGAAGGCCAGAGAUGCGGCCGCUGCAGAGGCCGCAAAUGCGGGACUGAUACCAAAUUUGGGCCAGAGCGAUAUUAUAUAUAGCAACGGCCCUCAUAUUGACGGCAUCCCACCCGACAUGCCUCCGCAUCCAGCGAGUCUAACGCCUCUGCCCAUGAUUCAUUUGGCCCCAGCAGAUGAUCCUCGACUGAGAGAGUUCAACUCCAUACCUCGACCGAGACAGGAACCCACAGGGCAACCAUUCCACGACCGUACCCAACCUAGCAGUGGUGCAGAAAUAAUGAACCAUGCAUCUCAUACUGCCGACUUUAGCAAGAUUUUAAAUCAGCAACGUGGAUAUCGUGCGAAAGGACUUGACGAACACUGGAAUAAGAAGCGCGAUACCCCUCUGUCCAGUCAAUCGCCAGCUGGUCAAGUCGAGCACCCCCCAGGGGGCCAUCAGUCGCUCCAAUCGCCACAACUGACAUCUGGUAUGAUUAAUGCCAACCAACACCCAACCGUUUUGCCGCAUACGCAAAUGAUGACCCCUCAACAAUCCUAUUCUCAGCCUUCCCAUCAACAAAUGUCCAUACCCCAAUCUCCGCUGCGAGGAAUGCCGCAGGGAAUGCGCCCUGAUCAGCCUCAGCAUCGCUCAUCUAGCAUCUCCCUUGCUUCUCCCGGCUCAAGUCAAACCUCGCAGUAUCCUUACCCUCAAAAUCCACAACUUUGGGGUCAGCCACCUCCGCAACCACAGCCAUCCCCCCUGUCCGCGUCCCACUCGAUUGGAGUGCCACAAUACGCUCCACAGAUGCACCCGCAACAACAGCAAUCCCCUUCGCCGCAUCUACACAACACGCAACCACUCCACCAUUCCCAGUCUCCGCGCCACCAACACCGUGCUCCACCUUCUCAGCUUCACGCACAGACACCAUCCCAACAGCAGCAGCAGCAACAACAGCAACAACAACAGCAGCAUCAGCAGCAUCAGCAGCAGCAGCAUCAGCAACAACAGAAUCUUGCCGCUAUGGGUUACCCGGGUGUCUCAGCAGCUGCAUACUCUAACAUGGCAGCCACGCGCGCCAUGUACCCAUCCUCCCAAGGCCCUGCCGGCUCGCAGCAGUAUAUGUCCGGACCGCAAUCAACAAUGGGUAUGGGCAUGGGUACCAGUGCUUCCAUGCCGGGGUGGCCUAGCACCACGGCUGGAGGGUCGAUGCAACCUGGUGGACAGCCACAGCCGGGCUCAGGACCUGGUGGCUGGCCAUCGUCAUUUUGAAGAAGCUGUGAAGUGAUGGAUUGGGUAGGAAAUUUGUUUUUAUGUGAAACUCAAAAAGAAACGAUAGCUUGCCGGAACUUGCAUUUGUUUCUCACCAUAAUUUGUUCACUUCACUACUCAUACCUGGUUUUUGCUUUUCUUUCCUUUUUAUUCCCCAUCUUGACUCUUUCAUUGAUGGCUGUUUUGUUCCAUAUUCUCCCUGUUUUAUUUAUUUGAAACUCGCUUUUUCCCUUUUCGAGUCUGGGUUUUAAAAAUUGAUACCUCUAAUGCAAUAAUUUGUUCCUGAACAUAUAGAUGUAAUCACUAACCUAUUCUUUUUCUUUAUACACAACUGUUGACACUGCUUCUCACUUUUCUUCUACAAUUGUUUCUAUGUAUCUAUUCAACAUUUCCUUUCUUCAUUGCUACUUAUACUGUUGGUUCUUUUCACUCAUCAUAUCUUCAUUUCUCAUUUCUCUUGUUUCCCCCUUGAAAAAACAUAUUCAUCUUCACUUUUCUCAUCAUGUAUUCAUUUCCAUCAAUUCAUUCAUCUCUCAAUUUGGUAAAGCUUUUCCUUUCUUCUUUGUCUCUUCUUCUACUUUUCUUUUGAGUCACGCACACAUCCUCCCCCUUUUUCUCCCUCUUUUCCCCACCUCUGUUUUCUUUCUUCUUCGUUGCCUAUAGCAAAAUGUACAAGGUUUGUCUGUUACUUCUUGUCUCAUCAUUGUCAAAGUCAUUUCUUCUUUAUUACAUUUUUAUUUACUGCUUACUCUUUUCCACUCAUUAUCACAUUCUGUUCCUGCAACCUACUUUAUCUUAUUACUUUUUAACUUAGUAUUAGUGUUAUUACUUAAGUUCUUUUCUCUUCUCCUUUCUCUUCUUUUUUCUUCUACUAUAUACAUUUUUACUCUUGUGUUAAUUAUAUUUUAAUUCAUUCUUCUUUAUAUAGCUAUGUUCUGUUCUGUCAUCUGGAAUUUUUUCAUGAUAUAAUUUGUAUUAAUUGUAUCUAGUUUUUGUCUUACAUUUAUGGUUUUCUUUUCUCAUGUCUGUGCUUUAACUUUUCAUGUAUUCAUUCAUUCUAGUUUUUUUUUGUGUUUUUGAUGAUGGCUUUUUUCCCUUCUCUUUUUACUCUUCAAUAAAACAAAAAUGUGUUUCAGCUAGCUUGAUGCAUUUAUUGAUUGAGUCACUGAACUGAGUUUGAACUGAACCUUUUACUCUAUCAAAAUGUUACCAGAAGAAGCAAAGAAUAAAAUAAUAUUUUAUUUCUAUUAUAUACAAUGUGCCCGGUAGUAAGUGACAUAAUGCUAUUUAUAUUAAUAGAAUUGAGUAAUGCUGUAUUAUAAAGGUGUAUAGAUAUGAAGAAUUAAACAGCAAUAUUAUAUUCCGGGCGUAUACGCUGGUUGUAGAGAAGCAGUAAGAAGAUAGAUAGAUAUUGUAGACGUUUAUCAUAGAGUAG